AUGUUUCAGUUAACAGACAGAUUUGUCACAGGAGUGUUAGACGCUUAUGAGCCAAAAGGCAACAAAUGGCAGAUCUGUGGGAAGGGGAUAGUGGGGGGCAAGAAAGUGAAGAAAGGAGAUGUGUUAGUUGUAGAGUUAUGUGAGAUAUCACUGAAAUUCAGUGUACGGAUGCAGAGAAUCUUGAAAUGUGGGGUGUGCGACCUAAAGGCUACAAUGAAUUGGUCUAGCAAAGUCCGGAUUAACAAGAAUGAGGAGUUUACAUUGAAAUUUUGGGUUUCUUGGGUGGGGUUGUUGAACAUGGAUCAGUGUAUUGCUACUGGAGAAUUGAGAAUAGAAGAAAUUAGUGAUAUCAAUGAUGUGCUUCCAAUGUAG